AUGUGCAGCGGCGUGUCGAGUGGCGGCGACGCCCGAGGCCCGACCCCCCCGCUGGACGUCAUCUCAGAGGACGCCAUGGAGAUGGACCUGGGGGUGGACCAAGUGAUCGACCCGGAAGUGGCUCUGAAGGCCUGCCAGGAGGUUCUCCUCAUGGACAAGCUGCAGAACCGGGAGGCGCCUGAGCAGCGACGGGAUGAUGAUCAUCAGCAGGACCCAGCGGACGGGUCCGGUCCGCAGCGGUCCUCCAUCAAAGAAGAAGACGAGGAGGACGAGGCGCAGGACGAAGGGCGAUCUCCUCCAGCCCGGCCGGCGCCUCCCUCCCUGCUGCCGCUGGCCGAGGCCUCCAAGCAGUCGUGGCUGCUGCGCCUGUUUGAGUCAAAGUUGUUUGACGUUUCCAUGGCGAUCUCCUACCUGUACAAGUCCAAGGAGCCGGGGGUGCAGGCGUACAUUGGGAACCGCCUCUUCAGCUUCCCCGACAGCGAGGUGGACUUCUACCUGCCGCAGCUGCUCAAUAUGUACGUGCACAUGGACACCGAGGUGGGCGACGCCAUCCGGCCCAUUCACCGCUGCAGAGGAGGAAUAACCUUCUCCCUGCUGACGGCCUGGCUGCUGGGCGCUUACUCCUCCGACAUGCACAUCUCCACCCAGCGCCACUCCAGAGGCACCAAGCUCCGAAAGCUCAUCCUGUCGGACGAACUCAAGCCGACGGCUCCUCCGCCGGACGGCCUCGUCCCCGCCUCCGGCAGCCCGUCGUCCUCAGCCGCGCCACAGGCUGCCUACCGGAGGCACAACAGCAGCAACACCGACUCCGCCUCCUUCGGCCCGGCGGAGGCGUUUCUUUCACCGUCCAGGAGGACCCACCACAGAUCCAAGUCAGACGCCACCACGGCCAGCAGUGGGCCAGGAUCUGGUCUCUGGCGGACAGGAAGUAACCCGAAGGUAGAAGCCGUUCACAAGGAGCCGGAGCGCCUGCGUCCUCAGAGGGAGCUGGUGAAGUCUCUGCUCUGCAUCGGGAAGCGUUUGGCUACGCUGCCCACCAAAGAGCAGAAGACCCAGCGGCUCAUCUCUGAGCUGUCGUUGCUCAACCACAAACUGCCGGCCCGCGUUUGGCUGCCCACCGCUGAGCGGCAGCACCACGUGUGCCGGAUCCCCCACACUCAGGCCGUGGUGCUCAACUCCAAAGACAAGGCUCCGUACAUCAUCUAUGUGGAGGUUUUGGAGUGCAAGAGCUUUGAGACGUCUCCGGUUCCGGUCCGGAUCCCCGAGACGAGGAUCCACUCGGCGCGCUCCGCAGAGAACCUGGACUGCGAUAGCGUCGCCGCGUCUAAUGCUAACACUGUGGGAAUGAUGUCAGCGCACCGGGCGGGAAGCUUCUCCACGGUCUCAAAUUACGACAACGAUGACGAGGCGUGGGCUACGGACGACAUCGGGCAGCUGCAGGUGGAGGUGGAGGCUCAGACCAGCAGCUCUGACAACAUCAGCCAGUUCUCAGUCGACAGCAUCACGAGUCUGGAGAGCAAAGAGUCGGUCUUCAUCGCAGCCGGAGAUAUCAGGCGUCGUCUGUCAGAGAAUCUCGCUCAGACGCCGACGACGUUCAGGAGGGACCCGGAGGACCCGUCAGCCGUCGCCCUCAAGGAACCCUGGGAGGACAAAGUCCGGAGGAUCAGAGAAGCUUCUCCUUACGGUCACCUCAUGAACUGGAGGCUGCUGUCCGUCAUCGUGAAGUGUGGAGACGACCUGAGGCAGGAGCUGCUGGCCUAUCAGGUUCUUCGACAGCUACAGUGCAUCUGGCAGCAGGAGAGAGUUCCUCUGUGGAUCAAACCCUAUAAGAUCCUGGUGAUGUCAUCGGACAGCGGGAUGAUCGAACCUGUCCUCAACGCCGUCUCUCUGCACCAGGUGCGUAAGCAGAGUCAGCUCUCGCUGCUCGACUACUUCCUGCAGGAACACGGCAGCUUCACCACCGAAGCGUUCCUCGCGGCUCAGAGGAGCUUCGUCCAAAGCUGCGCCGGCUACAGUCUGAUCUGUUACCUGCUGCAGGUCAAAGACAGACAUAACGGGAACAUCCUGCUGGACUCUGAAGGUCACAUCAUCCACAUCGACUUUGGCUUCAUCCUCUCCAGCUCACCGAGGAACCUCGGGUUCGAGACCUCGGCCUUUAAACUCACCUCGGAGUUUGUAGACGUGAUGGGCGGUCUGGAUGGCGACAUGUUCAUCUACUACAAGAUGUUGAUUCUUCAGGGUCUCAUCGCUGCCAGGAAACACAUGGAGAAGGUUCUACAGAUUGUGGAGAUCAUGCAGCAAGGCUCUCACCUGGCCUGUUUCCACGGAUCGAGCACCAUCCGCGGCCUGAAGGAGCGUUUCCACAUGUCGCUGACGGAGGAGCAGCUGCAGCUGCUGGUGGAGCAACUGGUGGACGGAUCCAUGCGCUCCAUCACCACCAAACUCUACGAUUCCUUUCAGUACGUCACCAACGGUAUCAUGUGACCUCAGAUGACCUUUGAACUCUCAGUCCCAUUGGUUCAGAGGCGAUGAGCCCACGUGGCUGAGACCUUUAUCCAGCUGGUUGUUUCCUGUGAAAUAAAAAUAAA